UUCUACAGAAUUUGUUUACCAAAAUAUUGGCACCGUAAUUCAUGAAAAUCUUUCUCGUGCAGUAAAACUGGCAUUGAAAUGAAUGUUUAAGGUGAUUUAAACUUAAAUAUCUAAUAAAUUAGCGUACACUAAACAGAGCAAAUGAUUGUGCGUGAGGUAUUCGUAAUAGUGUAGUGCAAGCAUUGAAAUUGCUAGACUAAAACGUGGUGUACCAGCAUAGAAUAAAGCAAACCUUUUCCCCAAUAUUGUGCCACGAUGCCGAAAAAGAUGGGAAUAAACCCGAAGGCCGCCGAGGCCCGAGAACGCAAGGCUGAGGCUAAAAAAUCCGCUAGCGAAAAGGCUGCCAAGGCAGCGGAAGAUGCUUACUGGGCGGACGACGACAAACAGCUGGCGAAGAAAAAGAAGCAAAAGGAGGAAGAAGAACGGCGCAAGGCGGAAGCGGCCCGCAAGAAGGCAGAAACCAAAGCCCUGCUCGAGCAAGAGAUGAACUCGAUCAAGACGACGGCUAAGGUUCCGGCACCGAAGAUAACCCGCUCGCAAAUCGAAGCCGAUCUAGAGAAACGCCAGCGGGCUAUCGAAGCGUCCACGGCCGUACCGUCGAAGCCGAAAGUGGUGGAGAAGGAAGUACCGCUUGAAGAGAAUCUGAACCGUGUGAUGGCGGAUACGGAAGUCGCACAAACGAUCGACCAGGCGAUUGCGGUUCUCAGCGUUGGCGACCCGUCUGCCGAUCGGCAUCCGGAAAAGCGCAUGAAGGCAGCAUACAAGGCGUACGAAGAGGAGGAACUGAAGCGCUUGAAACUGGAAAAUCCCUCGCUGAAGCUGUCCCAACUGAAGCAGAUGAUUUUCAAAAACUGGCAAAAGGCCCCGGAAAAUCCAUUGAACCAAAUUCGAGUCUGAGUCUGAGGGCCGAGAGCUGUAGCGGAAAGCCCGAGCCGAGCGUUGUAAAUGCUGCUGCAAAUGCAGGUGUGUCCUUUUAUUUUUUUUUUAAGUUAGAGCAAUCCAUUUGAAACGGAA